AUGCAUUCCCAUUCCAUCUACCGCAGAUCAACGCACUGCGUUACCCGACCAUUCCAUCUACCGCAGAUCAACGCUGUGCAUUACCCGACCAUUCCAUCUACCGCAGAUCGACGCUCUGCGUUACCCGACCAUUCCAUCUAUCGCAGAUCAACGCUGUGCGUUACCCGACCAUUCCAUCUAUCGCAGAUUGACGCACUGCGUUUCCCGACCAUUCCAUCUACCGCAGAUCGACGCUCUGCGUUACCCGACCAUUCCAUCUACCGCAGAUCGACGCUCUGCGUUACCCGACCAUUCCAUCUAUCGCAGAUCGACGCACUGCGUUACCAGACCAUUCCAUCUACCCCAGAUCAACGCUCUGCGUUAUCCGACCAUUCCAUCUACCGCAGAUCAACGCUCUGUGUUUCCCGACGAUUCCAUCUAUCGCAGAUCGACGCUCUGCGUUACCCGACCAUUCCCUCUACCGCAGAUCAACGCUCUGCGUUACCCGACCAUUCCAUCUAUCGCAGAUCGACGCACUGCGUUACCCUGACCAUUCCAUCUAUCGCAGAUCGACGCACUGCGUUACCCGACCAUGGAUUACAUGGAGAUAUAAAGGGGAAUAUCGACAGAGGGCAGAUGGAAAAGGAUUUCAGUUGUUGA